UUCAUGUCGGCUUCUGCUCGAGCCGUCAUCCGAGCAAGAUACAAGAAGAAUGGGCAUUAUUUGUUCCCGCGUACUAAUGUCUCACUUACCUCGCUCUUUCCAGACUACUAAUUAUUGGUUUCAUCAUCUCGACGCGUGGCGAAUGAGGCGAUACGACUCGGCGCCGAGCGCCAACACGAGGAAUGUGUAACACAGAAUCGUUGAUAUGGGAACUCACUCCACCUCACCUUUGCAUCAUUAUAAAGCCGCCUAUAUGUCUCAUGAUAUGAGGCCCCUUAUCUCUUCUUCGAUAUCGAACUGGUGACUAUAGAACACAGAAGCUAAUGGCAACACUGAAGACCGCUUUUGGGGAGUUUCGAGGUAAAAGGAGUGAUUUUGUGGUGCAAUAUCUUGGAAUUAAGUAUGCGAGUUUGAAAGACCAGUUAUCGGCGCCGGAGAUGGUAGACAGGUAUGAGAGUGAAGUUGUGGAUGCUUCGGAGUUUGGACCCAAAUGCAUCGCCACAGAUGCUUGCGAGUACGAACAAACCUUUCUCAUUCAGCAGCGACUAGAAAUCCCAAAAUCUCCUCCCAUGUCUGGCCUUGAGUCUCUCAAUCUCAACAUCACGGUGCCAGACAUUCCGAACACAAGACCGCUUCCAGUGAUGGUCUUCAUUCAUGGCGGAGGUUAUAGCAUUGGUUCCAAUUACUGGCCGCAGUAUGACCCCGCACGGUUUGUCAAGCUAUCCAUAGAACAAGGACGUCCGGUCAUUGUUGUCAACAUCAACUAUCGCCUAGGAGUGCUAGGCAACUUGACUUCUGAAGAGCUCCACAGAGCCGGAUACCCAGGAAAUAAUAGCCUCCGUGACCAAAAGUGUGCUUUGCAAUGGAUCAAAUUUCAUAUUGAGGGGUUUGGAGGAGAUCCUGAGAAUGUUACGGCUUUUGGGGAGAGUGCAGGAGCCAUUUCCGUCCUCAACCAAUUGUACUCCGAAGACCCACUAUUUAAGAGGGGCAUCAGCAUGUCCGGCACACCGAUCAUGCUCAAGCCACUCCCCCCUUCGGUCACUGAGAUUGCGUACGGGAAGAUCAUGAAAGAGCUCGCGCUUGAAAACGCCACUGCUGAGGAACGAAUCCGGCGACUCUUGACAAUUGAGCCCGAUGAACUUGUCGCAAAGACUCCGAUGGCAGUUCCACUUUUGCCUUAUCUGGACGGUGAGAUCAUCCCCACCAUGGCAUCUUUCGAAAAGCUCUCGAGUACCGCAAACCGACCAGAUUUCUCUAUUCCUGGAAGUCAAUGGUGCACUGACCUUAUGAUUGGCCAUUGCCAGCACGAUGGUAAUGUCUUCAUGUUCAUGGGUCUCGAGUCUCGCAAAGCCGGCAUCGCAGCAGCAUUCUGCUCCUCCCUCACUAAAAACCUCUCUAGCCCAGCUGCUGCUGGGGCAGUUCUCCAAGCCUACAAGAUUUCUCCGUCAACAUCAGACGAUGAAGCUAUGAAAGCUCUGUUAUCUUUCACAACCGAUAUUGCAUACUACGCCCCGGCGCUAGCGUAUGCUCGGUUCUGGCCCGGCAGGACGUUCUACUACCAAUUCAACGAGCCCAAUCCCUGGGACGGCCCGGCUAAAGGUCUUGCAAACCACAUGCUAGAUGCUGCCUUUCUCUUCCAGAACUAUAACAACAAGCUUUCACCGGAGGCCUGCGAGGUAGCUGUUGAGCUAGCUAAAGACUUCAUCUGUUUCGCAAAUGGUCUGCCGCCAUGGGAGGAGUUCAACGAUGCGAAAGGAAAUGUACGUAUCUACGGACCGAGCAAGACUUGGAUCACAGGUAUGGGGGACUAUAAUGGGUGGUAUAAUGGCAGAAAAGAUACGCUGUUCAAGCUACAAGAAGAGGGCAACGUUGACUUGGAUGAGCUGAGCCUAGCAUGGGAUAAAUUUUUGGCAGGGCAAUGAAGACUUCAAAAUAGCAGGAUGCCACCGAAGAGUUCAGGAUAUGACGAAAGUCGGGGUGAUUUUUCUAUAACAAUGCUGAGUUUGGCGAAAUAGGUCCGUUUGGUUAACCUUUAAUGCCUUCAUGACAUCCGGGGCUGCAGUGUAACAGCUGUUUUCAUAGUGGUACCUUUUCCAUAUGAGAAAUGAGGGAACCACUAAAGCUUCGACUUAACCUUCCUUUCCUUAUCCGCUACCUCUUUCUUAGACUCUUUAUUCACCCUCUCCGCAACCCUAAGCGCUUCCAAAAUGGCUUAACCUCACUAGCGGAUGUAUUCUAUAGUAAGCCACACGACACUCACUUGCUAGCAAUCCGCAAUAGCCACCAACUUGUAUCAAAGGCUCUCUAAUCUCCAC